CUAUAAAGAUUCAGGAUUGCUCGUGUCAUGACUUUUAUAUAAUAUGUAAACAUGCUCUGAGGGGCUAAUUGGUACAAACUCAAUCUUGGGCGUGGUAAACUCUGUGCACUAUUACUUCCAUUGAACUGUUGACAGUCAUGCAAGACUAUCCGAAUUGAGCUCAAAGUAAUUUUAUAAAAUUCGAGAAUCAUUUUAGUUAUAAAAAUGAAUUACUAAUUUUGUGCAGUGACAGAGUUGAUUGUAAUUUAAAGUGUAAAACUUCAGUACUGAAAUAUACCCAAUCUUAAGAAAAUUUGUAAAAAUGAAGAAAAGAUCUUUAGCUGGUAACGUUGGGAUAGGGAUAUUUUCAGUUGGAUUUAUUUGCAUUUGUGUAGCUUUUUUUACAUCAUCUUGGGUUGUCAGUGAUCCAAGGAUUACUAACUCUCGACUUGAAACAAUUGGUUUAUGGAGACAAUGUUUUAAAUCACUGCCAGAUCCUGUCAGGGCAGAUGCACCAAAACGAUAUUUUGCUGGUUGUAGAUGGGUUUAUGAUCCUUUUACCACAGGAUAUUCAGAAUUAAUAGGCUUUCUAUUACCACCAUUCAUGAUUGCAACACAGUUUUUUGCUACGCUCUGCUUUUUAGCGUGUGUAAUAUCACUCGGCCUUAUAAUAUUGUACAGUACAUGCUAUGAUCCAGAACAAAAGUAUUACUUGAGGUUGAUUAUGAUAAUCGCUCUACUACAAAUAUUUGGAAGCAUUAGUGGUUGCAUUGCAGUAAUUAUUUUUGCAAUGAAUGGCAACAAAAGCGGAUGGAUGCCUGGACACGAAAAUAACUAUUUUGGUUGGUCUUUUGCACUAGGAGUAAUUGGCAGUAUUCUUGGUUUAAUUGCUGGAAUCCUCUUCUAUGCUGAAUUAUACAUCCAAAAAAAGAAAAGAAAACAUUUGAAAGAAUCUCAAUCAAGAUUUCCACUUCAAUCAUAAUUAUAAUUGAAUAUGAGAUCAUGAAAAAAAAUUCGUCCUUUUACAUUCUAUUUUAUAUGUAAAAUGUAAAAAUUGUGUAGUACAAAAAAUUAAUCCGUCCAUUCACUUAUUUUGUAAGUUAAAAACUAUAUAUUGUAAAUCGCAAAAUAAAAAACUAUCCGUCCAUUGUUUUUUACUUU